AUGGCCAAGUUCUACGAUGAGAUACCUGAAUCUCUCAUCGAAUGGAUCAAGAAACAACACAUGUUUUGGGUGGCUUCGGCUCCCCUGAGUCCUGAUGGCCAUAUAAAUCUCUCCGCCAAGGGCACAGCAGAUAGUUUCCAUGUCGUGAACUCUCACCGAGUUUGGUAUCAAGAUUUGACCAAGAGCGGUGAGGAGAAUGGUCGCAUAACGAUCCUGUUCAAUGCCUUUGAGGGACCUCCCAGGAUUUUGAGAUUGUUUGGGAUAGGAACUGUAUACGAAUGUGGCACAGAAGAAUACGAAUAUUUUAUUUCUCCUGAGAUUAGGAAGCCGGGCUCUCGUGCAGUUAUCGUUAUCGAUGCGUAUCGGUGUCAAACGUCAUGCGGAUAUGCUGUUCCACUCUAUGACUUCGUUGCCCGUCGCACCGAACUCCUCCGAGUGGCUGAUACGGAAGAGUCAACUGACCGCGCUUCAGAUCCAGAGACCCGUCAGAAAGGUCUCAAAGCAUAUUCGGCACGACAGAACUUGAGAAGCGUGAAUGACCUGCCUGGUCUACUCACAACGCCUGAUUCCAAAGUAACAUUUUACGGAGAUGCGACAUUCAUCUUUGAGAGUGGCAAGCUCCCAGAAGCUAAGCAGCGGUGCAAAUUUAGCCGCCGGUUUUACCCUUGAUGCCUUGGUCGCUACUGCCGUUCCUUACAUCCUAUUUGCUACCGGAAAGUUUGAUAUGUUCACCACCCGAGCUUAAUGCGUGCCCAUAUACAUAGUACUUGCUCCUUUAAAGCUUUAGUAACCUUCCGUGUAU